AAUCCCUCAGUGAACAACACGCCUGACUGAGCGGUCUACUCCACAUCUUCGCAGCGGUGCACAAAGACAAUGUCAGGACCAAGGCCUGUUGUGUUGAGUGGCCCAUCCGGUGCGGGCAAGAGCACACUGAUGAAGAGGCUCAUGAAGGAGCAUGAAGGAGUAUUUGGAUUUAGCGUGUCACACACAACACGGAACCCUCGCCCUGGAGAGGAAAAUGGCAAAGGCCUCAACACACUCCCCAUGCUACUGGGGGCUACUUUACUGCCCGUAGCAGACGUCUUUUCCUCAGAAGACUUAGACACGUCAUUUUCGUGUCCAAAUGAAUCAGAAAGCCCACAUGAAGAUUACCACUUCACCACCCGAGAGUCCAUGCAGGAGGGCAUCCAACGUGGUGACUUUAUCGAGAACGCCGAGUUCUCCGGCAACCUAUACGGAACAAGUAAAGCUGCCAUAGAAGAUGUGCAAGCCAAGAACUUGAUCUGCAUUCUGGAUGUAGACAUCCAAGGAGUGAGGAGAAUUAAAGAGACGGACCUGAACCCCAUUUACAUCUCCAUCCAGCCUCCAUCUAUGGAGAUUCUGGAAAAACGCCUGAGAGACCGACAGACAGAGUCAGAGGAAAGUUUACAGAAACGUUUGGAGGCAGCACGCAUUGAUAUGGAGCUCAGUAAGGAGCCAGGAGUGUUUGAUGUUGUCAUCAUCAAUGAUGACUUAGAACGGGCUUACGAGGAGCUGAAGGAGAUCCUUAAUGAUGAAAUCCAAAAAGUUCAGGAGAGCAAAUCCUAAAAAGGGAAAUUCAGCAUCUCAAAAGUAUGGCAAAGUCGUCCACCUUCACCAAAUGACCAAAUAUGGCAAAAUGUGAUCUUUUAUCCCCUGUUUACUGGUUUAAACGAGUAAGAGAUGAUGGUUUUUUGUUUUGUUUUUUUAGACUGAAUUCCAUAUUUAAAUAUGUGGAGCUCCUUUCACUCCAUGUUUUUUUGUUGUUGUUUUUUUUGUUGGAUGAUUAUUUAUAGACUCAUGCCUUUUAACGGUGUUGAAAAUGAUUGGAUUAUUAUGGUUCAUUUCCCUGUCAGUGAUGUGAUCCACUUGAAGGGGGGAAAGGUUGAAACAGGUACCACUUUUUUAUGCUAUACCACUCAGAUCACAAUACUAGAGCUGUAUUAAACAUUCUGCCUAAUGGGUGGUGAGUGUACCAACACUGCAGCAUUCAACAUACACAUGUCUGUUUGUGGUUAUUUCCAAUAAUCUGAAUAAAUAAUGAGGAGAAUUA